AGAUCGGAUCGAAAGAGAAUUCAGUGACCACAGCUCGUUUAACCAAAGCCGCGAGAUCCUCAGCUGGCAUGUCUCUAGGCUGCAGCAGAACGAAAGCGAAGUCAUCAUUAACUUACGCGUGCGCACCACCACGCGCAUGUCACCCGAGAAAUUGUCGACCAUGGUGUCAGAAACUAACAUGAACAAUAUCGUUAUUUAUGUGAAGGAGUUAACCACAUCGAUCUUUCCAGAGUCAAGCACGUCAUUUCUGGCACAUUUGUCGUCUUCAGUCAUUCUUCAGACGUCGUCGCAAACACUGGAUGCGCCUACAACACAGACAACAUCACCGAUGUCAACCACGCCCCGAUGGACCACAACACAUUUUUCACUCACGACAGUGUCAUCAACGUCAUUGAUCAGCCCAUCUUUUUCCGAAAAGUUUAUGGCUAGCUCAGAGGUCCAUGUAAUAGAAGAAGACCCUGUCACAGAAGACUUAACUGUGAUCGUCCCUACCGAAAAAUCACCAAUUAAAACGCAACCAACAGUACCGGAACCUUCUAUUAAGUUUGUGGUCUCAAUGAAAGUGGGCUCUUACAACUACACUCCGGAAAUGGCAGAUCCAGAAAGCGCCGUUUUCAAGAAGGUAGCUAAAGAGAUAGAAAACACCCUAUACGAAGAGUUAUGCCGGAAGAAAUUACUAGACUGCAUCGCUGUUGAGGUGUUCAAGCUCGAGAAAGGCAGUGUAAUUGUGUCCUAUAACGUCCAUAUGGCUUCUUCGACCAAUUACAAACAGUCGCACGUAAAUAACGUCAUCACUGAUUCGGCGAAUAGUGGCCAGCUGGGACGUUUGAAAGUGAGCGAUGUGGAGGUGAAAAAAGGAGAUAAAGAAGAGGAGCAAAGCGAUAGUUCAUCGUCACGUGUUUUCGUUUACGUUCUUUGCGGAGUCGGUGCCUUAUUGGUGAUUGCAUUGAUCAUAGCUGCCAUUUCUAAGUACUAUAACCGAAGAAAGAACUCCGUCCAAGUUCUUGAGGUUCCCUCCAACGAUGGCGGCUCGGGCCGUUAAUCAUUCUGCAAUGCGUGUUUCUGAAAAUGUGAACAAUUGAUCCUAAAUGUGACCUUUAACUAAAUUUUCCGGUUUUCACUAGUUUAUAAUUGUUAUAAUAUCGAGGUAGAGUAAGAAAAAAAAUCAAGAGAUUUGAUUUAUAGAUAUAGAUUUUUGGUGAGCUGCUCUUCAAAGGAAACACAGAGGCAAUCAAGCUACUAUUGUCGACUUAGAACAAAUUUUCCGGUAGGAGCGUGACACUUUUUCUCGGGGUUUACAGACCCUGCAGUUGCUGAUCAAUCGACGAAGAAUAGGAUCUCAUGCUAUCUGCUAUCUCUAAGUUUUUGUGGUAACAACGACCUCCACUUCUCAUUUCGUAGAACUGCACAAGAACAAACAGCACGUACCAACAACUUGUUUCAGUCUUACGCAGCCGGUUAUAGGGGUUAAUUUGGUAGGAGGGAGGCUUGGGUCGAGUCUUCUGAGAGUUUCAUGCAUAAAAUUA